UGCGAGCUGUGCUGCCAAGGCUUUUGGAAGAAAAAAAAGUGUUGACUGUUUGCUAUUAAAAUUGCAGCCGUUACCCUCUGGACUUCUUCCAUUAUGAUAUCAAGGAAUUCAAAGGGUACCUACCUCUAAAUGUGGGUGUCACUAAAAGGACUGAGGAGAUGCCCAAAACCUCCAUUUAAGUUGUUCUUCCAGGAACUCAACCAGGCAUGAGGAGACGUCUGCUGCAGCAGUUCCUGUGGCUGCUGCUGCUCCUCUCCGCUGCUGUGCCAUUCAACGAGGAGAAAUCGCUGCGAGAGCGAGCGAUCCRGCUGAUGCAAGAUACCCGUUUAAUUGAUGGCCACAAUGACUUUGUGCUGCGGCUGAGAAUGUUUUACCAAAAUAGGCUCAGUCAAGUCAAUUUACGGGAACUCAACCAGACCCACACAAACCUUAGGAAGCUCCAGGCGGGCUAUGUGGGAGCUCAGUUUUGGUCAGUGUAUGUUCUUUGCAGCGCUCAGAACAAGGAUGCUGUACGCCUGACCUUAGAGCAAAUUGAUGUUGUCAAAAGGAUGUGCAACAGCUACGAAGAACUUGAGCUUGUGGUGACUUCCCAAGGCAUCUCAGACAGCAGGAAGAUUGCCUGCUUGAUCGGGGUGGAAGGCGGCCACUCCAUCGACAGCAGCCUGGCCACGCUGCGGAUGUAUUAUGAGCUGGGCGUCCGCUACCUGACUUUAACCCAUUCCUGCAACACGCCGUGGUCUGAAUCAUCGUCUAAGGGAAUACAUAGGUUUUACCCUAAUGUGGCUGGUCUCACUGAGUUUGGCCAAGAAGUGAUAAAGGAGAUGAAUCGCCUGGGUAUGCUGAUAGAUUUAUCUCACACUUCGUAUUCGACGGCAAAAGCUGCGCUGCGCCUCUCAAAAGCACCAGUCAUUUUCAGCCAUUCCUCAGCUGCUGCUGUUUGCAACCACUCCAGAAACGUUCCUGAUGAUAUCCUCAAGCAACUGAAAAGGAACAAGGGGAUUAUCAUGGUGACGUUCAAUGCAGAUGUACUGGCCUGUGGCAGAAAAGUUGUUAAUGUUUCUACCGUGGCAGAUCAUUUUGACCAUAUAAAGAAAAUUGCAGGCUUUGAGUCUAUAGGGAUUGGAGGAGACUAUGAUGGAGUUCAACACUUCCCGGAGGGACUGGAAGAUGUUUCUAAAUAUCCGUCUUUGAUUGGGGAGCUUCUUAGAAGAGGAUGGAAUGAAACGGAGCUGAAAGGCAUCUUGAGGGAAAACUUCCUCCGUGUCUUUAGGGAAGCGGAAAAGGUGCGAGACAGAGGACUAAUGGACGUAAGUGAGAAAGAAAUCCCCCAAGAAGAAGUGCAAAAUUCCUGCCGCCUAGACCUAAGCAAUUAUCAACUCCAGGCAGUUGCAUCCUUUGGAUUUUCUUCUAUGGCACAGUCCUUCAGUCUAACACUUGUAAUUGCAUAUGUAAUAUUGUGUUACAUAUCAUAAGAUCUGUGGAGCUGAGAGAGAAAUGGAGUAACCUGAAGUGUAACUGCCUGUCUUGUUUGGCRAUGUUGUUAUUGUAAGGCUGGGCUGAAAUUUUGAUUUAACUUCUAUAAAUUCACUUGCGUAAUUGAAAGAUAAUGUAUAUUUUCAACAUKGUGGCAAAAGAAUUUGGAAUUUGAAAUGAUAAAUUCACUGUCAUCUUGGCAAAACCUGGACAAACAGAUGAAAAUUACUCUCAUUUUAUGGAUAAGUCCUCUGGUGUGGUAUGAAUAGGUGAAUUGAGAUGUCAUGCCUAACGCUAGUAGUAGAGAUCCAUCCUGCAGUACUAAACUCUUGCUUUCUAACCCUGGCCAGGAUAUAACAGCACUUAGAUACUGGAAAGGAGCAGAAAGGAGGAGGCUGGUGUCAUGUAUUCAGAUAGGCGCAGAGCUGUAGAUGCUCUUCUGUAAUUUGCAGGAUGCUAUUGGUUGUCCAUAGAGUAAAACAGGAAUUACAGCUUUUCAGAGGGUGAGAUCUUGUGGUUUUACUGUUUUUAAUUUUUUUUUUUGAACUGCAAAGGAGUGUUAAAUUUUAUUAGAAUGCUCUUCACAUUUUCAAAUUCUUCACAUUUUGAGAAAUGUUCCUGGAAUGGACUUAUCAGUAGCAGUUUUUAUCGAUAUUACAUCAGGCUAAGAUCAGAGCCUGAUUAAAAAGCCUGAUAUUSCAUAUCUGCUGCUGCUUCAGCACUUGUAAAAUGCUUCUUUCAAAUUUACAAAUGUACGUGAGGCUAGAAGCUACUUUUUAAUUGAAAAGCAUGUAUUGAGAUAGGCCUAUCCUUGGUAGGCUCUUGUGACUCAAAGCUGGAAUUUUAAUUUAACACAAGAUUCAUGCUGAUGUUACAAGAUGGCAUCCCUAAAUCUUUGUAGAGUUAUUUCCCAGUGGUUGCUGGAAAAUACUGCUUUUUGGUACAUAAUAUUUGCUUUUUUGUGAUGUACUGAUAUAUCUGCACAAUUAUCUUUUACUGUAGCAUCAAGCAAAGUCUUGUWAUUGGCUAUGAACAGUAUUUGUAAAUAUACAAGGCGUUUACUAACUGAUAGACAACGAUAAACAUGAACAGAUUAGAAACAGCAAGCCAGCUGUUCUUCAGAGUCACCUAAGACUGCUUCUAGCAUCUGUUGUUGCCCGUGUACAAUUAGGGUUGCUGAAUGCAGACUGUGCUCGUGUUGCUUCAAACUGAAGCUUCAUUAACUCUCCUGAUACAGUAGUCCCUUUGAUAAGAAUAUUCUGGACAUGCUGGAGUCGCUUGCUGAAGUCUUUGCAAGUCAUGUUGAAUCAUCUAGUACAUACAAGCCACAUUUUUAAGUACAGUUCCUCAAAAAAUAAUUCUGUUUCUAUAUAUAUAUGUUUGUAUAUAUACAAAGUUGGAAUUGGUGCACUAGCUCAGAUGUUUUGGCUUCCUUGAUUUUUAGCAUCAGAAUUUCUUUCUAAGGCACACAGUACUAGAAGGAUGAUGAAUUCAACAGCAAAAACAUAUACUUCUCAUUAAUAAUUUUGUAAGCUCUUUGGAAAUUGCCUUUCAUCUCUUUGAACAGAACUAGUACUGCAAUAUAAGUUAAUUGCACACUUGAAAUGUAAAAUGCUUGUUCUGUCUGUUCAGCUUUUCUUUUUUGUCAUGUUGCUUCCUUGCCCMUGAAUUUCUACCUUUUUUGUCCACACAGAAGA